AUGGAGGAACCAGAACAAGCUGAGCAAGCCAUUCAGCUGAUCAAUGAGAACAAGGAAUUCAAUGCUGAGACGUUAGCACGGUUCAAUAAAUAUGUGGGUGGAAGAGACGUUGGAUUUGGGUACCAUGUUAUAUCGGUUUUCGGGUCUCAAUCUAGUGGGAAAUCCACGCUUUUGAAUGCUCUUUUCAGAACGAAAUUUGACACUAUGAAUGCUCAAGUGAAACGACAACAAACUACGAAGGGCAUUUGGUUGGGUCAUACCAGAAAUGUGGCUGUUUCUGUGGCGAAAUCUGCUGGAAAUGAUGAUUCUACGAGGGUAAACGAGGAUCUAUUUGUAUUGGAUGUGGAAGGUUCUGACGGUGCUGAAAGAGGUGAGGAUCAAGAUUUUGAACGUAAAGCGGCGCUUUUUGCUAUUGCUGUGUCCGAAGUGCUUAUAGUGAAUAUGUGGGAACAACAAGUUGGGCUUUAUCAAGGUAAUAAUAUGGCUCUUUUGAAAACGGUUUUCGAAGUUAAUCUUUCACUUUUUGGCCAAAAUAAGGACAAUCAUAAGAUGCUUUUGCUGUUUGUCAUUCGGGACCACGUGGGUGUGACGCCGUUGACAAGUUUGAAGGAAACUUUGGAAACGGAAUUGAAUGAUAUUUGGAGCCAAUUGGCCAAACCAGCCGGGACAGAACAUUUGAAGUUGCAAGAUUUCUUUGAUUUGGAAUUCACCGCUCUGGCACACAAAUUGUUACAACCAGAAGAAUUUAUCAAAGGUGUCGAAUCUUUGGGUGACGCUUUUACCUCAAAAGAUAGCACGACCGGAUAUUUGAAUCCCCAAUACCAUCAUAAUUUGCCGCUGGAUGGCUGGAUUAUGUAUGCAGAGAACUGUUGGGACCUUAUUGAAACUAACAAGGACUUAGAUUUGCCCACACAGCAAAUUUUGGUCGCGAAAUUCAAGACCGAGGAAAUCGCAAAUCAAGCGUUCCAAAAUUUCGAGGAAAAUUACCACGUAGAUUUGAAAAAAGACACGACGGCCUCUGAACUGGCAGAACAGUUGAAAUCAUUGAAACGAGGUUGUUUUGAAGAUUACGAUGCGUUUGCGUCCAGAUACGUUCGAUCCGUAUAUCAGGAACAAAGGAAACAAUUAAGCAUCAAGACCGAAAACAAGAUUAAGACUACUUUGGCUGAAUAUUUUGCGAACUUGUCUGAGCAAGUUCUAGAAGAGCUCACUUUAAAGAUUACGGCCAAGAACAAACAAACGUUUGCCGAUAAGACGAAUGUCGCCAAAAAAUUCGCACUCGAUAAAUUUAGAAGCAGUGCACAAGUAUUCACCACUAGAGAACUUGUGACAUCUUUGGGUGAAGAGAUAAGCAAUUUUGAAAUUUCCGUCGAAAAGGUCAUUUCAGAUGAACGCGACAAGGAAUCUAACCAUAUAAUCGCGCGUGCGGGCAAAAAAAUUCAUUUGGGAAUCAAGGAGGAAAUCUUCUUUUUAUUAGCACACCCACAACCGGAUCUUUGGGAUCAAGUUCUCGCCAAGUUCAACGAACUAUGGAAGGAUUCUUUAAAAAAUUUCGAGACUGGGAUUGAUCAGAAAUACGAUUUUGGUCUAGAAUUGUCCGAGUCGAAAGACGCAGAAAUUAGGGAUUCUGUGCGGUCAAAGGCCUGGACGGUACUGUACGAAUUGGUACAUGAUUACUUAUCGGAAGACAACGUAGUGACCAUUUUGAGAGAGAAAUUCGAAAAUUUAUUCCGGUUUGAUGAGAACGACUCACCAAGGUUAUGGAAAAAUGAGGAAGAAAUUGAUUCCAUUUUCCGAGUUGCCCGAGAAAAGGCUUAUCAGGUACUUGACAUAUUGGCAAUUGCUUCAACGACAGAUGGCGUUGAGUUGGUACCUGAUGUACCUUUGAGAGACGGGGACGGCAACAUGGACCUCGAGCAAGAUUUCGAAGACGACGAAGGUGUAUACCACAGCAAACGGUUUGCACAUAUUUUGUCCAAUUCUCAAAAAGCGAGAAUAUUGCAAAAGUUCAAAAGACAAGCCAACACCACUGUCAUUGAGGCUAAACGAUCCACGAUCAAAACGACGACACGUAUCCCAUUAUACAUUUAUGCCCUUCUUGUCGCCCUUGGUUGGAAUGAGUUCCUCAUUGUCAUUCGCAACCCAUUGUUCGUGACAUUGUUACUCAUUCUUGGCGUCGCAUUUUAUUUUGUACAAAAGUUCAAUCUAUGGGCUCCAAUCAUCAACGUGGCAGAACUAGCCGUCAGUGAAACGCGGCAAGUAGUCAAAGAUAGGCUUAGAGGUUUACUACUCGAAGAACCUAAAAAAAUACCUGUUGAACAAGACAAAGUUUCAGAGGAAUUUGAAAUGCAAGAGUUUGCUCAAUGA